CUUAACCCAGGAGACGACGUUCAGCAAUCGAGGACCGUUUGUUUCCCGAGAAAAGUUUCUUAUUUCCAUUUCUUGGCUCAAAACAGAACCCACGUGCGUAAACCCCCAAACCUAGUUUCCCAUUCCUCGGCAAAUCAAACUCGUUUCUCAAAUCAGUCGAUAAAUCCGGUUUUCGAGGCGAUCAAUCGGUCACGCGCUUGCUGUUUUUCAGUAUCGGCAUCAUCUAAUCUCAGGUAUGCUUUUCAACACCAAUACAUUGGCUUCCCACUUGAACAGUAUCAGACACUCUACUUCAAUUUCUAGGGUUAGGGUUUGGCUUCAAUUCACCGCUUCGAUAUCGAGCCUCAAAGUAGUUUGGCGCAAAGACCGGAAACUAGACGAAGCCAUUGAAAACGAUAAACAAUGGAGACUCUGUGCAAGAGUCGUCAAAGAGGUCCUAAACGAACCGGGUCAAGUCAUUCCCCUUCGGUACCUAGAGAAACGGCGCGAAAGAAUGCGCCUUUCAAUCACAAUUAAGACCUUCCUUGCCAGAAACCCCGGACUUUUCGAUAUCUACCUUGAUCGGAUCAAACCAAAAACUGAGCCCGUCCCGUUUCUUCGUGUUAGUGAUCGUUUUCAUCAAUUUUUAGAAGAAGAAAAGAGAAUUAAUCUUGAAAAUGAGCCAUUAGUUGUUACCAAAUUGUGUAAAUUGUUAAUGAUGUCGAAGAAUAAGGUGGUCAGUGCGGAUAAAUUAGUACACGUGAAGAGGGAAUUUGGCUUCCCGAAUGAUUUUUUGGUAAAUUUGUUGCCGAAAUACCCAGAAUAUUUUAGAUUAGUUGGUUGCCCUGGAGAGGGGAAAUCAUUUUUAGAGUUGGUUUCGUGGAACCCAGAGUUUGCCAAAUCUGUAAUAGAGCAACGGGCAGAGGAGGAGUCGAGGUUGACAGGGAUAAGGGUUAGACCGGGAUUCAAUGUCAAACUUCCAUCGGGGUUUUUUCUCAAGAAGGAGAUGAGGGAAUGGAUUAGGGAUUGGAUGGAGCUCCCAUAUAUAUCGCCAUAUGAUGACGCAUCACAUCUGGAUCAAGCGUCUCCGGAAAUGGAGAAGAGGACGAUUGGGGUUUUCCAUGAGUUGCUUUCACUUUCGAUCUAUAAGAGGAUUCCGGUGCCAAUUUUGGGAAAGUUUAGCGAAGAGUAUAGGUUUUCAAAUGCAUUUUCGGCUGUGUUCACAAGGCAUUCGGGGAUAUUUUACAUGUCAUUGAAGGGCGGAAUUAAGACUGCAAUGCUAAGGGAAGCAUACGAGGAUGACAAACUGAUUGACCGAGAUCCCCUGCUUGAAAUAAAAGACAAGUUCGUUGAGUUGUUGGCUGAGGGACACAGGGAGAGGGCGGAGCAGUUGAGGUUGCAAAGGGAAGUAAUUCAGAAGGACAUGGAAAUGAUGGCAGCAAGGAAUGCAGAAUUGACUUGUAAUGAAAACAAUUAACAUCCGUGAAAUUGUAAAAGGUCCAGUUAUUUUGAAAAGUAGCACAAAAUUAACGCUCCUGGGGGAAAGAAGAAUUGAAGCAGAAAUAGUCAAUGGAUAAGAUUGGGCUGGAAAUUAUUUUCCCCCACUCUGUCUCAGGCAACACCUUCACGUUCGAUUCCAGUAGAAGUUUCACUUUCCAACAGUUUGGCUUUUGACUUUUUUCAACAUCUUACUCCAUGUAGCAGACCGAACCAGCAGCUCCAGCCCAGGCAGGAUUCCAGGAUGCUCCUUACACCGAACAUAGAUACCGGUUUUUGUAAAAGAAAAUUCAUGGAAUGGAUUGUUAUAAAUGACAAGAUGAUGGGGGAUCCUUACCAUUUGAUAUGGAGAUACCAAAGGAAUUUUUUCAUAGGGGUGUUUUGGAAGGUGCUGUUAGAGAUGGGAAUAUGGUACAGACACAAAUAAAGGUGAAUUUAGAGAUCUGAAGAUAAUUGUCAUUUCAUGGAGAAGUUGGUUCCGAUUUUAGUAAUGGCUUUGGAUUUCGGUAAAUUUCUGGAAUUCAUUUGUUUUGGUUUAUUUUACUUGCUCUUUCCUUUGCCGAUGACAUGUUGUUGGGAUUUUUAGUCCUGUUAGCUAGAAAGUUAAGAAUUAUUUUCUGGAACGUUCUUUUGCAAACUUUGUGUUAGAAUGUGUGUUAUUUAGAUGCUUAUGCUCAUAAAUCUAAUUGCAGAUGGUUGAGAAUUUGUCAUGAA